GUUGGCAUUGCUAGUGUCAAAAAUGUCAAGUGCUAUACGUCAAUUCCGGUAAAUUAGCAUUUUUAUCAUUGAAAAAGAUGAUUUGGGUCGAAUAUUUGGGCGUUUUCCUUUAUUUUCUGAGUUAUGUAAAUGCGGAAUGGAAUACAAAAGACUUUAUGAAGCGAGAACACAGCCUUAUCAAGCCAUAUUACGGCUCUGGCAUUGAGAUUCCAUUCUGGCAUUUCACAGGAAGCACAAUAGUAACCCCCAACUACAUACGACUCACUUCAGAUCUUCAGAGUAAAGUAGGAGCUAUCUGGAACUCUGUGCCGGUUAACGUACGCAAUUGGGAGCUGCAAGUCCACUUUAAAGUACACGGAAAAGGGAAGGAUUUAUUCGGGGACGGAUUCGCGAUUUGGUAUGCCAAAGACAGGAUGAAAGAGGGCCCGGUUUUUGGCAAUAACGACUUUUUCCACGGACUUGCGAUCAUUUUAGACACUUAUAGUAACCACAAUGGUCCACAUAAUCACCAACAUCCAUACAUUUCGGCCAUGGUCAAUAACGGCACCCUACAUUAUGACCAUGACAGAGAUGGAACGCAUACUCAACUCGCAGGCUGCGAAGCCAAGUUUAGAAACUUGGAUUAUGACACGCAUAUUGCUAUCAGAUAUGAAAAAGAUGUACUCACAGUUUCCACUGAUAUUGAAAACAAGGCGGCUUGGAAGGAAUGUUUCCAAGUCCAGGGAGUGAGACUCCCCACUGGCUAUUACUUAGGGGUCUCUGCAACAACCGGAGAUUUGUCAGAUAACCACGAUAUUAUGUCUGUUAGAUUAUUUGAAUUGGAUAUGCCUGAUGAUCCUGAGGCGGAUGAAGACAGGUCGAAUAUUGUUCCCUCAGCCACAUUUUUCGAGCCACCACGUGACCAUGUGGAGGACCCAAAGCCCUCAUCGUUGUCCGGCUUUAAAAUCUUCAUUUUGAUGUUAAUUGGAAGUAUAGCAGUAGUGGCGUGCGUUGUUUUGGGAAUCAUGUUUUAUCAAAAACAUCACGAGAAGAAAAGGAAGAGGUUUUAUUAAAUCUUCUUAAAGGGGUUACUUUGUAUUACUGUAAUUAUUUGACUGAGCUUUUUUUCAUCUUGGUAGGUUAAUAGGGUGCCGAAAUAAUAGUCUGUUAUUUAUUAAAUUAAUGUGUUGGUGUAAAUAUCAUUUUUUGAAAUGAGAAUGUACAAACCAUUCAGAUGUUUAUUUUUUUUUGUUUAUAUUCUUACAACAAUUUACAACAUUAAUUUAAGUAAACGUACGUACACAAUGAACUUAAUUGUAACAAAAAAAAUGACUACAAUGAGUGACUAAAAAAAAUAUGCUACCAUUGUGGCACAUUUUUUCCAACUAUUUCAGGUUUUUUACAUUUGGUUUGAAUUUGUUCAAAAUUU